AUGGAUAUGGAUGAAGAUACUGAUCCUGCCGAGCCACCAUCUGGGACGCCCAAGCAUCCCAUUGAGAUUUCUGACAGAUCGUCUUUUCACGGUUCGCCGUACCGGGCCCCAGACAGCUAUGAAGCAAGGUUUACCUCGUACCCUUGGGAGUUCACUCCCCCUUUUAACCCAGCACCUCCACAGCAUCAACAGGAUCCCUCCGAGGAUUCACGCUUUCAGGCGGUUACUACACCGCCACCGCCGCCGCCAGAGCAGCAACCGCCUCCGGAGCCACCAAGGCGGAGAAGAUCAGGAGCACGGAUGUCCGUGCGAGGGGGAUUCCACUUCAGCACCCCUCAACACUCCAGUGGCAGCCACUACCUGCCACUAUAUGAAGACCUGCAGAUGGGUGGGCCUUCGAACCCAGUUUCCGAGGUGGAAUCUGCGCCAGUCGCACCACCAACAUCACACAUGGGUUAUGAUAACCCGAUUCCUUCAUACGCCGGUGCAGCGGCGUAUAACCCUUUUGAGCAGCCAGCUCAUACUGGCUUCAACUUCUACAACGCCCCUGAUGUUGACCCAUAUCUUGUAGCGGCGAACUACAAUGCUCUUCAUCCUGAAGGGCCCUACGGAGCUUCCUACCAGACUGGAUACCCAGCUUAUAGGUAUCAAUAG